AUGGAGGCGGCCGACGAAAGCGCGCGCGUGCGAAUGAGCUACAACGACUUCAUCCUGCUGCUGUCCGUGUGCUACUCCAUCGGAGACAUCUUUCUACAAUGGAACGAUUUUUCCAAGUGUCACAAACCAAUUCACGUAUGGCUAGUGGUCUCCUUCAUAUCUAUAGUGCUCUACAGAUUGUCCCAUUUCCUAGCGCAGUAUUUAAGCAACGAUGGAGAUGACCUUAUCAUAUAUAGACGAAACACCCCCCCGUACUAUAUCAACCUGUUAGUCCUCUGCGUCUUGUUCCCAUUCUUUCUCGUAUGGAACGUAGUAGGCACAGUGUGGAUAUAUCAAAUCAUUAAAUAUACGCCGAAAUGUCUACCAAGAAACAACCACCCAUGGUUCAUUGUGCUGUGGAUUGUACUUUGCUAUGUGUGGAUCCUGCUGUACUUAUUUUUCAUUUUGCUGUCCCUAUAUUUGGAAUACCAGGCAAGAAUCUACGAGAGAACACUCAUCAGCAUGCAGACCAAUGAUAUAUUCACCAGGUGGAGUGGCAACAUCGACAUGAUGAGAGACUAUGGAAU